UUGCCUCACACGAACCGCCGAAAUUAUAGUUAGUGGCCCCCUGCGGGUGUCCCGAGAUACGCCUGCGACUACCAAAACACGCCUGGUCCGGGACUGUCGGGUCCAAAGUGAUUCCUCGCGUCUCGAGAGGAUUCCGGUUGGUUGUUCCUCGGAGGAAACCAUCGCGCGUGGCGGGACUCCUCGGUGUUGUACAGUUUGACACUUUGAACCGCGAAGAUGAUCCCUAAGUAAGCGACAGUCGUGCCGAUGACGAUCGCGAGCACGCAGGAUUUCUUUCGAGUUUUGCCGUUUCGUGGAUCACAGUGGUUUCGCGAUAACCGACCGGAGUGGUUCUGUUCGCGGGAUCGUGUGGUGGUGAUGAAAGUGUCGAUGAUAGUCCGUCGGUCGCGAUGGUGAACACGAUUGGCCAGUGAGUGGUGUCUUCGAUGGGAUUCUUUGCGCGCUGGUAUUGGAUGAAAACGUUGAACUCUCGCGAAGGAAACGGUCGCGUGGACGAGGCAGUCAUCGAAGAAUCUCAGAGUGAUUUUUCCAAGAAAUUUUUCAAAAUCUUCCGAAGGGGUCCCCGUUUCCACCGACUCAUCUCUGAUCGAGCUAGCGUGGAAACUAACGCGAUUUACGAGUAGAUUCAGGACAUCGCACUUCGCGGCUGGUACAGUUGUCUCUCUCGACGAGUACUUAGAAAAAGAAGCUCGCGUAGGUAGAAUUUCGGGAUCGUAGAAAACUUCGUUUUCUUCGUGGAUCAAAGAGAAACAUUCUCGUCCAAUUCUAACUACAUAGAAGACGGAAGAGAGAGACUCUUAAUGAGAAAUAAUUCAAUGUCUCCGAGAAAUCGUCGCCCUCGCAAUCUGGAAACACCACGGGUGGACAAGCUGUAGAGAUAUCGAAUCGAGACAGUUGUGAAUCUAUAAGGACAAUUAAACGCAACCGUGUGACCGGCACCCUCCUCCAGCGUCGGCUGGCAUCAUGUCAGACCGAGCAGACUGACCCACGGCGCCGUAGAUUCACUAACGAUACUCCAGAGGUCGAAGUUCAGCCCUUGAACCGAAUGGAUGGAUGUAUCAUCCGGCGUUCUGACUGCCUAUGGAUAUAUUCGGCCGUUGCAACGGCGACGGUGGCGGAAGUACGGUAUCCGGAAGCGGCGCUGGCUCGGUGAGGGGGUCCAGUAACGAGUCCAGUUGUGGAACGGCCAAUUCUGUCAGCAAGAACGGUGGAUCCAGCGGUAGGAUGCAGUUGACAGGAGCCUCGGCUCCUGGCACUGCCGCCUCGCCGGAGUCGGGUGUUUCUCCCUUGACCGACGCCUACACGAAGAUGACCAACGACAUCCUGGCGGAGCGAACUUUAGGCGACUUCGUCAGCGAACAUCCUGGAGAACUCGUUCGAACAGGAUCGCCCUACCUUGUCUGUAGCGUCCUACCAGCCCAUUGGAGGGCCAACAAGACCCUUCCGGUAGGUUUUAGAGUCGUGGCCCUUGGCGAAGUCGGCGAUGGCACUUUGGUGACUGUUCGUGCUGGUAACGACGAGAACUGCUGUGCUGAGCUGAGGAACUCGACGGCCCUUAUGAAGAAUCAGGUGGCCAAGUUCAACGAUCUUAGGUUCAUCGGAAGAAGUGGCAGAGGGAAGAGCUUGACGUUGACGAUUACGGUGUCCACGACGCCACCGCAAGUCGCCACGUACACCAAGGCCAUCAAAGUGACCGUAGACGGGCCGCGGGAACCGCGAUCCAAGUCCAUGUUUUUUCUUCUAGGGCAGCAGCAGCAGUUCCAUCCGUACGCGUUCGCCUCCCAUAGGGGUGGUCCGUUUUUCGCUUCGCCCUUGGUGGAUCCCCUGCAACCCUUGCCGAAUCCUCUUCAGCCAUUACCGAAUCCGCUGCAGCCACGGGAUCCGUUGUCGUCGUUUCGACAUGCGAUGCCAGGCAACUGUCAAAACAUGUCGCAGUUCGGUCUGACUGCGAGCAAUUCAUGGGGAUACGGAAGCACGGCCGGUUACGCUGGUUAUCUUCCUGGUCCUUUGUCGUCGUGUGCUACACAGGCGUCGUUUCCACCCCCGCUGCCUCCUCCGCCACCGCCACCGCCGCCGUCAUCGUCGUUGGCGUCUUUCGCGGGUACCGCGUCCAUGAACACGCCGACGGCGCCGGAUUCGACAGCGGGCACUACCGUCGCUUCCGACACCGGCACGGGAACCACGGCACAGCAGGAUGCGUUCUCAGCGGUGUCUUCCCUGGUGCCUGACUCGACGACGACGAGCCCUACGGACCCGCUGGACCCACUGAGCAGCCUGUUGUCCGGUACGCCGAGCCAGAGGUACCAGGACUACGUCUCGCCCAAGUCCCUGUCCACGGACUCCAGCACCACCGAGAGCCCCGUGCACGAGGAACAAGCCUUCGGACAGAACUAUGGCAACUACUUCCCGACGCCCGGGGUGCUUCCCAGCAUCCUCUACUCUCAGCUGUACGGGAACCAAUUUCAAAACUCGGAGAGCCCGGAGCAGAGAGCGGUCGCGGACAGCUGUAGCGUCAGACAGGAAGAGGUCAGACCGUACAACAACGUCUGGAGGCCUUACUGAUACCAAGAGUCUGGUACAUCGAACCAGCCUCUCCUCUAGGGUGUCUCCUAGCUCGCCGAGAGAGAGAUAGGGACACCGUCGAUCGGCAAACUGUGAUUGGUGCGACGUGUUGGCUCGCCACCGAGCGAAACUAGCUACUAGUGGGCAUUAAAAACGAAAAAAAUAAAAAAAGAGUACAGGGACACGGUCCGGUGCGCGUUCGAUCGCGGAUCUAUUCGCGACGAUACGGUUCGAUCCCGAAUGGAUCCUUUUCGCUGGUUGUGUCUCAACGAAUCCUUUAGAGCGAGCUGAUUUCUAGUUAAGCGUGAGAACGGAUCCUGAGUGCAAUGCUGGUGUGAGUGGGGACGCGUGGCCUGGGUGAUGGUGACGACGAUGAUGAUGUAUAUAACACUGUACAUAGAUAGAGCAUUGUCGUUUCAUCGAGUCGUUCAUCACUGUCGACGAACUACGCGAGGUGCGACGAAUCGGGAACGGACGUUUCGAAGAUGGCUGGCCAAACUUCGGGACGAUGAAUCGGUCACUUUGGACACCGGAUAUUCGCCGAGCUAUGGCGAUUUUGCAGUUGGUAGACGCUAGAAUCGGUAGGCAUUACCGUUCUCAGUAUUUUCAGUAGACCACGUUGAAAUUCCUGUGCGUCGCGCGGAUUCGAGGAUCUCCGAAAUUCAUGGGUUGAUGGGUAUGGACACUGCCGACAGACAGAAUCCAAGGUAAAUUUCACAAUUAUUCACACAUAUUCUGACAAUCAUCGCUAAAGGGAGGUCGUCGCCACAAAAAUCAGCUACCAGUAGUUAGUCUGACAAAAAUUUGGAAGCUUUGUACUUUUAUGUAGUUUCUUAAGCUGAAUUUGAUGAUGUACAAAGAAAAAAUUUUUAAGCAAUUAAAAUUAAACCAAUUGAGACAGUCCAUACGCUCGUUUGUUUAUUAUUUUUUUAAGAAGCAUUUAAAAAGAAUAAACAUUUCUAAAGCUCCAUUUUAAACAAAGUUGUGCUCAUGUAUAUCACGCUGAAUACGUAAUUUGGGAGAAGACACGAUAAGUAGCUUAAUUUUUCGUAUACUAUUUUUUUAAUAAAAUUACAAUCUGAAGUAUGCAAUCGAAUUGAUUCACGAUAAUCGAAUUCACGUAGCGAAUAAAUUGUUAUUGUACAUAUAGUACUCCUAUCCCAAGUGUACAACCACAAAUAAAAUCCUACUCGUCUGUGCUAAUAUAUUCAAUACCGAGAACUGUAAUAUACCGAUUUUAGCGUCAAAUGUCGUAGUUUAUCGUUCGUUUAUACGAUUUUUAUGAACAGAAGUGUGUUAAAUAGUAGCAUACACAAGUUCACGCAUACUCGACGAAUAUUCUGUCAUUUUCCUCGAAAACGAAUUGUCGUAUGAAGAACUGUCGCUCUACAUUUACGAUUUGUGUUUUUCUAGAGAGAAAUUGCUACUCUUUUGGUUGCAAACCUUUACUUAACCCUUUCGUGUCCAUUAUGUUGUUUUCGGUGCAACGCUGUCCCAAAAAAUCUAUGUCGUUAUUAUUCUACAUAUGAGCUAUGAUUUUUCAAAGGUUAUUCUUUUAGCUUUAUGCAUCAGUUAUAUCAAUGUUUAGUGGAAGUUUUUAAUAGAAUUAUAAAAUAAUUGUGUUUAAAUAAUUUAAAUUAUAGUUUCGAUAAGAAGAAGUGCUUAUAAUAAAAUUCAUGGUUUUACACGUUCUUAACAAGCAGUUUUAUUACAGUUUCAGAACAAAAAGUUUAUUCUUGAUCAAUAAAAUGAAUAUAGCAAAAUGUGUAAAACACAUAUAACAUUAGAAUUCAGGAAUGUAGUGUCCAACGAUUCUCUAAUGUAAAGAUUGAAAUUGAUAAAUUUAGGGCGGUUGACAGUGGAAGUCUAUCUUGCAUAAACAUUGAAUGGUAAGAAUAAAGUUCCUAUCUACAUCUAAGACUAAUUAAUCGUUUCCUUUUCAAUUACCUUAUCAUUCCUAUUAUUUAUUUUAUUUCAAAGUCUGCAUUACUCUGUACAAAAUCCGUAUUGUAAAUAUUGAAAACAGCUAUUCGCGUCAUAUCGUUACAAUAAUAAUAUUGUUACAUAAAUUGGUUCUAACGACUAAACAAACGAAAUACAAGUAUACUUGUAAAUUAUUCUUAAGAAUUUAAGAAGCAACAUAAUUGUCAACCUCAAAACUUAUUCAAACUAAGAAUAAUCUGGAAAAUCUCGUAAAAGGAUGUAUCCACAUUAUUCUUAAUUUAACUAUAUGUUAUACAUUGUUUUAUUGUUAACCGUUUUGAAUUUAUAAAUCAACGAUGAACAUUUUUCCAUUUUUUAACUUAAUCACAAUGUAUUCCUCAAUUCUUAUGUUAAUAUGUACUUUACGCAAUUACUAUUACCACUUUUAACAUAAAAAUUAAUUCUUUUUUUUUUUUUUUUGAAGAUGCUAUCGAAAAUAAAACUGGAAGGGCGUUGCAUCAGAGCGAAUGAUUGUUAAACAAUUUUGUUGGAAAUCUCAUCGUAAUAUUUGCGACAAAAUAGACUGAUGCGUGGUAAAAGAAGAAUAAAUAAUGCUCGCUGUAUACGGGCACGAGGGGGUUAAUUACGGAGCAACACCCUUUGGCCAGCUGUCCAACAAACGCUUGGCGCGCCUUCUACCUUUCGAUUAUGUUUUCAUAGUAUAACGCGAUCGAUUCGAACUGCGGGCUCGUGCAAUAUCGCGGCGUGGUUUACGUCGCGGUCCUAGUCGAACUCUCCGAGUUUCUUCGCCGGGGAACGACGGGAACUAACGUAAAUCGCGUCGCGACGAUAAGAGACGGAAAAUGGAAUCGAAUCUCGCGGAAGUUUGUUUGCGAUUCAACGAAGUAAAAUUCCGUCGUCGCGGCAGCGCGCAGCGCCGGGACGGUUUCACAUCGAAAUUCAUCAAACGAAAAACCGAAAAUCCGUUCGUACGCGUCGGCCACGAUUUAAUUCGUUAAUUUUUUUCUUGCCUCGCGCGCCGACGACGAACAUUCCCCCAAGAAUGAUUUCCGAUAUACAUAUCUACCGACCUAUUGUUAUCGUAGUUUUUGACCGAGUCGAAAUAAAAAAUGUAUUUC